UUAGAACUACAUGAAUACGGUGACAUAAAUUAUAACAUCUCCUAUGAUUCCAUUAAAAUUCAUUCCAUCUUCAUUAAACCACAUGUACACGGUAUUUUAUUAUAUUCUGCAUCAAGUAUAACUCAAUCAAAUGUUAUCCUAUCAGGUCAAACAAUUAUUAAACCAUAUUUUUAUUAUAAAAUGUCAAUUCAUGUUAUAACAACGGGUGGACAUGGACCAAAAGUAUUUUUCCCACAAUCCAAUUAUAAAGGGACGCAAAGUAAUACAAAUGUAAAAUUACAUCAUUCAAUAGAAAAUGAUUGUUUAUCUGGUGAACUGUUAUGUACAUCACAAUCACCACCGCAACCUCCAUUUUCAUUAGCAUCUCAAUGGUUAUCAAGAAAUCUAAUUAAACUUGAAUGGUCACAACCUGAACAAUUGAAUGGAAAACUUGUAAAUUAUCGUGUCUCAUGGAGUGAAAUUACUUUUCCAUUCAAAGAUAAUCAAUUUACUGACAAAAAUUCAACGAAUAGCGAAGAACUUGAGCAACAAUUUACAGUGAUACUAAAAUCAUUUGAGACAACAUAUACCAUAGAUCAGUUACAUGAAAAUACUUCAUACAUAUUUAAAGUAUAUGCUCGAACAGAAUCAAAGCAAAAUGAUGGUUGGAGUACACCAACUUGUAUUUAUGCGUCAACAAGUUAUUGUUGGUUUAAUUCACCUCAAAUAACCAGAAUUAUAUCCCAACAUAAAUGUGAUUUUAAAACUUUACUCAAAACAAUUGAUCCAAGCUUGGAAAAGUUUUGUUCAUUCAAUUCACCAAUAUUACGUCGUCCAGUAGUGUUUAUCAAUAGCAUAAAUAAAAAUGCGACGAAUCAAAAGUUUGGAAAUUUGACUAGGAAUUCAUUACAGUUUCAUUACAAUGAAACAAAUAUUAAUUAUGCAUCAACUGUCAUUACAAUUCUGUGGAGUGAAGUCAUGUCUGGGAUCAAUUCGAUUACUCAUAUAUUAAUUGAAUUACGUUAUUCAUGGAACUUAAACAAAUGGUAUUCUUUUACUAUGAUAAACAGUUCAAUGAGAUUGUACACUUUUGAUUUUGAAGAUUUAACAAAACUUUCAGUCAAUUUAAAUAAAGAUUUAAAGCAUUCAUUUACUGCAGUGAAAAGAAAAGUGAAAUCACAAACACCAAUGAAUGAAAUCAAUCAUGAAGCGACAAUACGAAUGAUUACAGCUGCAUUUACUGAUGCUAAUGUACCGAUAGAUUCUACAACACAUGUAGCAAUUCAAUUUCGUGUAUCUCCAGUUAAUCAAUUUCAAAUAGGUCUACCUAGUCAAGAGUCAGACUGGAGUGUUAUAAAGUUAAAAACAAUUGUAACACCAUUUUAUCAUCAUUGGUGGUUUAUAAUCCUGUUAGGAUUAUGCGCUGUUACAAUCAUCUUCAUUUUAUUGAUUACUCUGAAGUGGAAUAUACACAGAAGGCAACAAUUAAAUAAAUCAACAUUUGUUACUGAAAAAUAUGAUUCCAAAGUAUCAUCAUCUAAUGCUUUUAUAAAUGAUUGUUGUUUAACAUUUAAAAUAUAUCAUUCAAACUAUUUGACAAAAACAAUGAACAAUAAUAUCCAACCAAAUGGUGAAAUAUGUGAAUAUCCAAAUAUGAUUAAUUCAACCUUUCAUAACAUAAGAUCACCUGAAACAGUUGAAUUAACAACAGGAAUACAUUAUACUGAGAAUAAUAAUACAUUAAAUAAUAAUCAAAAUCCUUUUAAUCUUGUCCUAAAUAAUCAUAAUUGGGAUGUUCUAUACAAUACUAGUCCAGAAAUUCUUAUUGCUCAAACAGACAGUUCACUUGGUAGUAAAGCUCCAAGUAAUAGAACAGUUAGUACAAGUGAAGUAGAAAGAUUUGAUGAUUUUACUCAAAAUUUUAAUAAUUGUGUAACAAGUCAAGGAUUAAUAAACAACUCAAAUCAGUCAUUAUAUCCUGAAAUCAACAUUACAAUUAACUCACCCUACAAUUUUUCGUUACCGUACUCAAUUCAAAAUAAUCAAUUGAUUACUGACUUAAGUCACUCAAUAAACAAUGAAAUAUUAUUAAACCAGAAUUUACCGAGUCCAUGCAAUUCAAACAAACUAUGCAUUGAUCAAUUAUCAGCACCUUAUCUUUACUCAUCUUUACAAAAUGAGUGUACAAUACUAAAUCAGAACAAUUUAUGCCAAUUAGAUAUCAAUAGAACAUUAAAAUUCGAUGAGUCAACAAUACCAUUUAACCAAACUAAUAAUUCCUUACCAUCUGUUCAAUAUCAACGGAAUACAAAUUACCAAAAUAAACAAACGCAUCUUGAUCAAAAAUCUCAUGAUGUGGAAUUUUCAAUGACUCAAAGUCAUUCUGCCUAUCAAAAAUUUAUAAAUUCCAUCAACAAUACACCAUCAAGUAAUGGUAACGCUUCUUUCAACUUGACGGCAACCAUCCCAAAUAAUCACAAUAGUAAUCAUCAUUAUUAUCAAAUGAAUACAAAUGGAGAUAAUUAUAUAAUGUCGAAAUCACAUAUAGAAACGUAUGAACCAGAAAAUUCAAAUUAUAUGAAGUAUAAUAGUUUACAGAAAAGAUCUUUAGAUAGAAAUUCAAUGACUACUGAUUAUAAUAGGUUUAAUACAGUUAAAACAAAUAUGGAAUUGAAUUCAUUUCCAAUGGAGUAUUCACCUUUUAAUAAUAAAGAUAAUCAGUCAUCAGUGCUUCACGAUGGACAGCGUCUUAUACAAGAUUUUGAUUUCAAUUUAUUACCUGAUCACUUGACUCUGAAUGGUCAGCUAAAUCAAACAUCGAUAAAUAAUACCAUGGCCAAUCAAAUAUCAAAUAUUCAUUCAACAGGAUCUCAUAAUGAUAACAUUAGCAAUGAUAAUUUUCAGUUUAGAAAUACAAAACAUUCAUUAAAACGAGGAAAUAUUCGUCAAUCCCCAUCACCUUACAAAAAUACCGAUUUAUUGUUUAAUAACUUCAAUUCUACAAUGACCAUUGCUAAGAACAACGACCAAGACACAUUGUCGAAUUGGGAUGAAAAUCUUGAAUUUCAUAUUACAACAGACUUGGAAUUGUUAACGUCUACAGAAGUCUAAUCAUAGUUUUACAGUGUUCUGAAGUGUUUUAGUUCCCAUGAAUCAGGUUUUAGCUGAUCUUUCAUCAAUUCACUAUGUUGCCUAUUUUCUUUGCGAAUGAAUUCUAUCAGUAGAGAGACAGUUGAAGCAAUACUAAGAUAUGUUGUUCUAUACACUUAUAUAUUCUCUAAUAGCAGAUAUUAUGCAUUUUGUUUAUAUUGUAACUACAUUGUAUUAAAAGUACAAAUUGUUUCUGAUAGUUCCUAUUUUGUUCAUUGAAUGUGUACAGUUAUACAGACAUAAUUAUAUCUGAAUCUAAAAUAUUUUCCUUAAGUUAUUAAGUGUUCUUUAAGCCUGUCCUCUUUCUUUUUUCUCUUAGAAACUAGGAUACAUUAGAACAUUAUGAAAAAAACAAAGAAAUUUUUAAAAUCUAUUUUUCUCCUCCCAUUAAUAAAUUAUUUGAUAUUUGUAAAUAUAAUAACUGCAUUUCCCACUUUGUUCCCCUUUUUUUAUUGAUGCAAACAUGUUUACUAACCUCUCAGAAAAAGAAUUGUUAUUUUGUCUCGGAUCUCAGUAAUUCGCUUUAUCAUUUUUCGCGUCUUAAUGGUAAAUACUGUGUUUGCUUGAUACGUUUUCUCACAUGAAAUAUAUAUAUAUACUUUGAUUACAAGAUAACUUUAA